CUUCCUGUGUAUGGUGGUACAUGAGGAUGAGCAUCGAGGCUUGUUAAAUUACAAGCUUUUGUCCCUUUCCAUUGGAUUCACUAUCGUAUCCUAAAUCCUACCAAAUGAAUGAAACAUUCAAAUAACAGUAUUUGUGUACAUCGAGCUGUCAGUCGUUGAGUUUGGCGAUCUUUACUGUUCCCCCCCCUCAACCUAUUAACGAAGCAGAGGGAGCACCGUCUGUGAACAUAAAGCAACCAGGAAGUGUCCCAGCAAUUUAGCCAUUGCUCCUGGCAAUAUCUGUUAUGAAACUGCUGGACUCCAUCCUAGGAAACGCGACCGGGAUCUUCACUGUCGUAAUUGUUCUCAUUGCAGUGAUUUUCAAUUAUUUCGACGACCCUGAUCCGGUUAAAUACAACAGCAUGGCUGAGGACACCAAAACUCUGGAAGAAAAUUUCAGGCAGCAAAAUAAAAGCUGUUUCAUCCUCGGUGCCUCUGGGGAAACGGGCAGGAUGUUGCUUCAAGAUCUGCUUGGGCGCAACAUCUUCUCCAAGAUCACCCUGAUCGGAAGGAGAACGCUCACCUUUGAAGACAAAGCAAAUGAAAACCUGGUCCAAGAGGUGGUGGACUUUGAGAAGCUUGAGGAUUAUGCUGCGUCAUUCCAGGGCCAUGAUGUCGGCUACUGCUGUCUGGGAACCACCAAAGCAAAAGCAGGAACUGAAGGAUUCAUCCGAGUUGAUCACGACUAUGUUCUAAAAUCAGCAGAGCUCGCCAAGGCAGGAGGCUGCGCUGAGUUCCACCUGGAGUCCUCCAGAGGAGCGGAUAAAAACAGCAACUUCCUCUACCUCAAAGUCAAGGGACAAGUGGAGGCAGAAAUUGAGGCGCUAGGUUUUGACAGAUUUGCCAUUUACAGACCAGGGGUUUUGUUGGUAGACAGGCAGGAGAGUCGGCCCGCUGAGUGGCUGGCCAGGAAAUUCUUCGGUGCCGUGUCCGCCGUCUGUUCUACGGCCAUGUCCAUCCCAAUCCAAGCGGUCGCAAAAGCGAUGGCGUCUAACACGUUGCUUCAACCGGAGCAGAAGACAGAGAUCCUAGAGAACAAAGACAUCGCCAGUCUGGGAAAGGGUGCAGGGCAAUAAGAAAAUGCAAAAAAUACACUGAGGUAAUUCCAGCAGAUAUACUGGGAUGACUACAAACACUAUUCCCAUGACCACGAUGUCAAAGGAUUUUCACAUACUUGAAAAGACAAGACGAUCUGUUUAGUUAGCAAAGAUAUUAUAUUUUCAUUUGUUUUGUGCUUUUUUGCUUUGCUUUUGAUUGGUAUGUUUAAUAUUAUAUAUAUUUUAUGUAAUUGCAUUGCCUUAAAGUAAAAGCUUAAAUGUCUAAUACAAUUAAAAUAUUUGAUGUCUCUAACAUAUUUUCAUUAAAUUAUUAUAGAAAUGUGACUGUGUGUUUGAUUUAGAAACAUGUUUCCAUAAUAGCUGUGUCAAUAUGAAUAAUCUUCUGAGUAUAACUGCAGUACUACAUCUGUGCAGUUUAUACACACACACAAUAUUUCAAACAUUUUAUAACAGAAGUAUGCUAAAUAUAACAUGCAAGAAAUACAUUAGAUA